GAGAAUUACGCUCCCUUUUCUUUUUCUUUGCUUUCUCUUUUAAGUGAAACAGACUACAGAGAACAAUAAGCAAUGUCGCUUCUGCAAAACCCCCACCAAAUUCGACCGUUGAUUUCCUACCCAAUUCAAAAUUUCCCAAGCUCUUUCCAACCCUCAUCUCCAACCCUCCAUUUCUCCACCAAAACACCUCCAAAGCCAAUCCACUUCCACCCAUUAACGCCAAAAUCCCAACCCGCCCACCAUCCCGCCCCCCAAACCAGAACCCAAGACGACGGCAUCCCCGCAGAGGAUGUCAAAAUCCUCGCCAAAUUCAAGUCCAGGUACAAUUACAUUCGUGUCCUCGAAGUUUCUCGAAGAGCUGACCACCCCUUUGCUGGGUCAAGGCUUCUCCUUCUUGACAACCCUGGAAACAUCCACAGCAUCUCCUUCAUUUUCAAGUCCCUCACCAGCACUUACUUUGACGUCUUCGCCACCUUGCCGCCUAUUUUGCCUCCUGGACCUGUCGGAAUUCUCGGGUUCGGGGCGGGUUCUGCCGCAAGGUCCAUUCUUGAGCUGUACCCAGAAGUUGCGGUUCAUGGGUGGGAGCUUGACCCGUCUGUGAUUGCUGUGGGCAGAGAGUACUUUGGUCUCUCAAAGCUGGAAAGACAGUACCCAGGUAGGCUUAUAAUUCAUGUUGGAGAUGCAUUCAAAGCUAGCACUAGAGAUGGGUUUUCAGGGAUUUUGGUGGAUUUGUUUUGUAAAGGCAGUUUGGUUCCUGAGCUGCAAGACCCAAAUACUUGGAAGAUGCUCAGAAAGUGUUUGAGAAAAGGCGGGAGAAUAAUGGUCAAUGUAGGAGGUAGUUGUGUGGAGGCUGAGGACUCAACGAGAGAUGGGAAAGUAGUUAUGGAAGACACAUUGAAGGCUAUGCAUCAGGUUUUCGGCGACAAGCUUUUCGUAUUGGGCCUUGGGAAUCGACAGGAAGAUAGCUCCCUUGCUCUUACUGGUGAUUUGCCUGAUCUUGAAGCUUGGAAGAAGAUGCUGCACCGUUCCUUAGCUCGUUAUAUUGAUAAGUGGAAGCCAUUUAGCGGUUAAAUGGGUGGCGAGAAGAGUUUGUCGCACAUUGACUGCAGAGAUGGCAUGAGAAAGAUUGUUGGAAGAAAAGGAGGUAGCUUUGGAUGUCAAAGUGACAUUGUUAGCAAGAAUACAGUGCCCAUCCGCAGCCUAAGAAUAAUCAUUACAACCUCUCCGCCUUCACCGACAAAAAAUCUACGAAAAUCACAGGCCGCUACUGCACCUCCUCCGCUUAUUAUAUGAUGGCCGAGUACCUAUGUUUAUUUCUGUUCCCAUUGUUCCCCAGGGAAGAUACUUGUUGCCUCAUUUGCAAGUCCAUUUGGUCUUUGUACAAGCGACUUGAGUCAAAGUAUGUAAAUGUGUUUGAAUAUUUUUGCAAGUAUACAAAUCCAUAAUUAUCUCUUCAAUUUUCACAAGGAAAUUAAAA